GUUAUGGUGGGCUAGUGGCUGCCUUUAUUGGGCGAGGAACAGAAGUUAAGGGAACCUGAAGUGAAGAGAUUGGGGUUCUGUCCGGAACCAUUUAAGAGCGGACGACACGGACUGCUCUGAGGAGCGGACCGCGCCUCCUAGCAACUGCCCAGCAACACCCGGAAGUGGGUUGAAUGUCAACUGGAGCGGGCUCCUUUGUCUCUUUCGUUCUCUCUGCAAGCUCCGCUGCUUGCUGGAAACAUCAGCGAGAGUCAGCUUUGCAGCUUCCCAGCUUUCCUAUCAUGGUGCUGAAAGUCUUCUUCCCUGUGUGCUGCUCCUCAGCAGAAAGUGGCCUCCUAGUUGGACGAUGGAUCCCAGAACAGAACUCUGCCGUGGUCCUGGCGGUGGUCCACUUCCCUUUCAUUCCCGGCCAGGUGAAGCAGUAUUUCCAUGAAAUGCAACAGGCGACCGAAGUCAACGUGUCUGUGCUGGGCUCAUGGUCAAACAGCAAGCAAGCCAAGGAGGAGAGUCUGGAGAGGUUCCUGGAAGACCUGGGUGCCAUCUUUUCGCACGACCCCUGGAUCCAGCUCAGCAAGGAGAAAGGCAGCAGGUUCUGGAGCUGCUAUACCGCUCGGAAACAGCCCUGCAGCACCGGCGACGAGGAAAUAAUCUUGGUCUAUUACGACCAGCGGAAAGUGAUGCUCUCACAGCUGGACCACCCCCAGGGCCCAGCCACUUCUUCUGGCCAGAAGACAAAGAGUGCUUCCAAGCUAGUUGCUGUGUUUGACACAGUCUCAAGGAGCAAACUGCUGUUCAUGAAGGACAGGUACGACGAGGGGCCCAUCAAGCUCACCCACUGGCAGUCGGAUGGAGUGGAAGCCAGUAUUAUCGUGGAGCUCAUGAAACAGGCCUCCGUUCCUGCAUGUAUGCUGCUUACGUGCCUCCUCUCACUUGUCUCCAGCGUCUGUAAAAGCAGAGCGCUGACCUUUUGGCCUUUGUCCUUCAUCUGGAGCAAGCUUUCCACUUGUGAGCAGCUGGGCCACCGCCUGCAGCACCUCCAGGUCAUCGGCAGCAACCGGAAGGCUGUGGACCAGACCCAUCUCAUGAGGAAAGCCAACAUCUUUCUUUCUAUCCUCGUGGAUGUGGCGCUGGGGAUCCUGCUGAUGUCCUGGCUGUACCAGAAGAAUCGGAUUGGUCACCUCGCCAAUGCCCUCGUCCCGAUGGCGGAUCAUGUCGCUCAGCAGCUCCAAGACCUCCUGCAGUGGCUGAUGGGUGUGCCGGCCGGCUUGAAAAUGAACCGCGCCCUGGACCAAGUACUAGGCCGCUUCUUCCUUUACCACAUCCACCUCUGGAUCAGCUACAUCCACCUGAUGUCUCCGUUCAUUGAGCUGAUCCUGUGGCACGUUGGCUUGUCAGCCUGCCUGGGCCUGACAGUGGCCCUUGCCAUCCUCUCUGAUAUCAUUGCGCUGCUGACUUUCCACAUCUACUGCUUUUAUGUCUACGGAGCCAGGCUCUACUGCCUCAAGAUCUACGGCCUGUCGUCGCUCUGGCGCUUGUUCCGUGGGAAGAAGUGGAACGUCCUGAGGCAGCGAGUGGAUUCCUGUUCCUACGACUUGGACCAGUUAUUUAUUGGUACUUUAUUGUUUACCAUCCUGCUGUUUCUUCUGCCCACGACUGCAUUGUACUACUUGGUUUUUACCCUGCUCCGGCUGCUGGUGGUGAUCGUGCAGGGCUUGAUCCACCUGCUGAUGGACCUCAUCAACUCGCUGCCUCUUUACUCCAUCCUCCUCCGUCUCUGCCGAUCGUACAGACUUGCAUCUGGUGUGAAGUUCAAAGUCCUGGAGCAGGAGACUGGGAAACCCCUUCGACUUUUGAUGCAGAUAAACCCCCUGACCUACGGCAGUGUGGUGCAAAUGUACAGGCUGCCAACGUACAGCUGCUACCCCAAGGAUUCCUGGGGUUCCCUCUGCAAGAAGUUAUUCGUCGGGGAGUUAAUCUACCCUUGGAAGCACAAAGGAGAAAAGCAAGACUGAUCCCAGUUGGACUGGGAAGAACCAGCUAAAGCAAGAGGCUGUUUCUGGCCCAAAGACACCUUGGAACUGGCCUUUGCCAAUUGGCACCAUGUUGACCAUUCUUUUACCAAGCAUUUGACACACGUGGGGUUAUGGGAAGGGGAUAGUCAUGGGUUUCCUUCCUGGGUUCUCCUUUUCCUACAGAUCCAGUGAAUGAGCUGUUCUUUUUUUUCUUUUUUUUAACGAAUUGAGUGAUGAAUUAGAAUUGUCUGCCUGGAAGUGUCAGGGGGCCAGAAUUAAUGGGCCAACCAGCACUAUCUCAUAGAAAGGUGUGUGUGUGUGUGUGUGCGUGCGCUCUGUAAUUCCUUGGGAGCACCAAAUAAGGCGUUUGACACAGAAUCCAGCUUCCUGAGAAUCUUGUUUUUUUAUUUCCUUCUAAACUUUCUAGCCCUUAUGGUUGUGAGGGGAGGGGGCAUAGUUCACCUGCAUUCAAAGCAGGUGUUAGAGUACCUUCUUUGCAUUUAGGUCCAGUCCUGGCAGCAUCUCCAGGUAGAGCUGGGAAAGACCGCUGCCUGAAAGCUUGAAGAGCCACUGCCAGUCAGGGUAGACAGUCCUGAACUAGAUGGGCUAAGGGUCCAUAGGAAAAUGCCUUAUACCAAGGCCAUCGAGCUCAGUAUUGUCUGCUCUGCCUGGUAGUGGUUCUCCAAGGUCACAGGCAGGAGUCUUUCCCAGCCCUGGCCGGAGCUGUCAGAGAUUGAAGCUGGGAUCUUCUGCAUGCAAAGCAGCUUCUCUGCCACUGAGCCUCUGCCCAUCCCCUGACUGGUUAUACAGGUCUGACACUGCAUAAGGCAGCCUCAAGAGGUGAUGCCAUAGCUCUGUAAUAGAGUUCCUGCUUUGUGGGCAGAAGGUCCCAGGUUCAAUCCCUGGCAGCAUCUCCAGGUAGGGCUGGGAGAGACCCCCGUGCCUGACACCUGAGAGGACCGCUGCCAGGAUACACAGAGCUCUGUUCAUAGAAGUCAACUAUGCAGCAUAAUCUAGGAAGGAAACCCAACCUGUCUUAUCCUGAGCCCCAAUUAGAUAGUUUGCCCCCUGAGCAGAUCAGAAGAGACAGUGAGCUGUCCGGGUAUUCGGUACCUUUUAGAACAUGUUUUUAGCCAGUUUGUUGAAAGUUGUGUGCCGCGUAAGAAGCAACUUUGUUUUGAGCACAUCAAUAGAAACUGGUGAGGAGAGAGGUUUUGCAUUGUAUGUACAGUGCUAACUGAAAACUGACAUUAUUGAGGGCUGAUCAGCUUGGAAGCAAAACGGGAUAGCCAGACAUAAGGUGGUGGUUUCUACAUACUUGGGGGACUACCUAGGUCAGUGAUCUUCAUUAUUUUUCAAGCAGGGAUCAGGCUAGCAAAAAACGUUCAAUGCCGUUUUCAACUGUGCUGACCUCAUGGUACUGUGCUUUCCUCACUGCCGGGGGGGGGGUUAAGAGAGACAGCCCCAUCUCUUAAGAGAGGUAGGCUUUGGGAAAGACUACACUUCCCAGGAGUGCUCUGUGGGGUAGGCUUUGGGAAAGACUACACUUCCCAGGAGUGCUCUGUGGGCUAGGCUUUGGGAAAGACUACACUUCCCAGGGGUGCUCUGUGGGCUAGGCUUUGGGAAAGACUACACUUCCCAGGAGUGCUCUGUGGGCUAGGCUUUGGGAAAGACUACACUUCCCAGGGGUGCUCUGUGGGCUAGGCUUUGGGAAAGACCACACUUCCCAGGAGUGCUCUGUGGGCUAGGCUUUGGGAAAGACUACACUUCCCAGGGGUGCUCUGUGGGCUAGGCUUUGGGAAAGACUACACUUCCCACCACUCCAUGCAUGCCUUCCAAGAUGGUGCAGGGGCUCAAGAGAGCUCUGUUUCCCUUCAAGGAUACCCACCUCCGUCCCUGGGCAGCCUCCACGUGGUGUUGAGGGUAGAGUGUUCGAUUUUGGCCGAAGCUUCGCACAGGCCCAAUAAACUACUAGUCAAGAGAGACACACUUAAGGCUGUUGGGGGCCCCACUGACCUCCAGGCCUAUCAAUGAAGAACCCUGACCUAUGUGCGCAAAAGAAUGUACAUUUAAAAUCGAAAGACACCGCUCUAACUGUGCAUCUUGAUGCCACAUUCAUCACUGGACAGGCGCCAUACUCCCUUCCAGCCACUUGAUGGUUAUUGCUUCAUGUUCAGGUGAAUUUCCUCUUUCCUGUGCCUGCUUUUCAUCGUUUAUCACUUUCCCACCUGAGGGCUGAUGGCAGCGUGUCAGCCCCACUCCAGUCACAGGGGGGACCGCGCAACGCAAAAUCCAUCCCGCUUGGGACGCCUCAGCUCCGUUUCAGGCCCUGGCGUCCUGCAGUUCACCCCCUCGAGAGGCACUCCUCAGUGGAAGGAUGAAUCGCGGCUUUCCCUUACAAAGGUGGUUCGGCGGCUUCCCAGCGCCACCGCCGUCUCCGUGCAGAAAGGAAAGCGCUUGCCGCUUCGUUCCGAGCACAGCUGCACUCGAUUUGCUCAUGCCAGCACUCCGGAACUCAAGGGGCAAAGGCGAAGCAUUCAGUCUUCUUGGCCUCCAUGUUUCACUCCUGCCAAGAUCGGAGAAACUGUCAAGCCAGCCCCUGCAUUCCCAAACCCGUAUGUUCCUUUUUCUUCUCUGUGUAUUAUUAUUAUUCUUUCCCCCCCCCCUCUUCUGUUGCAAAUAAAAGCCAUUUAUCUGG